AUCCGCAGUUGAAUGACAGAUACUACGGAGAGAGUAGAAAAAGGCAGCAGAACGGUUGGAUUUCACGGAAUUAUUGACCUUUCAUUCAAUUGUCAUCAGUGAACAACCGUUUUGUUAUCAGUUUUAUUGUGAAGCUUCUUUAUUAACGAAUUCUACUGCAACAAUUCAAUCAUCUGCCUGCUUUAUAUAGCCUAACGGCAGAAUAUAUCGUUAGUAGAAAAUGAAACUGCUUCGAUUACUCCUCUUACUUGUGUCCCUUUCGGUGGUUUAUGGAACCAUGUUUGGCAAUAGUGUCAAGCUGAUCAAGGAUCUCAAAAAUAAACUACCUCGUAGAAAUCGGCCACGUUUCGAGAAAAAACUAUCGCCGGUCAUUUUUGUACCUGGCGAUGGUGGUAGUCAGGUGGAUGCCAUCCUGAAAAAACAGGACAGCGUGCAUUUCUACUGCCAGAAAACAACCGACACUUAUUUCAACCUUUGGCUGAACAAAGAACUGCUGGUGCCGUUCGUUAUCGAUUGCUGGAUCGACAAUAUGCGCCUGGUAUAUAACCGUACGGCACGUACCACGGAAAACUCUCCAGGUGUUGUAACGCGCAUCCCCGGUUUCGGUACUUCGGAGACCGUCGAAUGGAUCGAUCCAUCCCACGCCAGUGAGGGAGCGUAUUUCGUCAAUAUUGGGAAUGCUCUGGUGCAGAAUGGUUACAAGCGGGAUAUUUCUAUAAGAGGAGCACCUUACGAUUUUAGAAAAGCACCAAAUGAAAACAAAGAGUGGUUUAUUAAAGUGAAGCAUCUUGUCGAGGAGACGUACACGCUCAACGAUAACACACCGAUCACGUUCAUCGUCCAUAGCAUGGGAGCUCCGAUGACGAUGCUGUUUCUACAGAUGCAAAGCCAAAGCUGGAAAGAUCAGUACAUUCGGCGAAUUAUUUCUUUAGCUGGAGCAUGGGGUGGUAGCGUAAAGGCACUCAAAUGUUUUGCCAUUGGCGAUGAUUUGGGUGCAUUCGCGUUAAGCGGAAAAGUCUUGCGAGCGGAACAAAUUAGCAAUCCUUCACUUGCUUGGUUGUUGCCGAACCCGUUACUCUGGAAGCCGAAUGAGGUGAUUGCCCAGUCGCUGUCCAGGGUAUACACUAUGGAUCAGGUGGAAGAUUUUUUCCGGGAUAUCGACUACACAGAUGCUUGGGAAAUGCGAAAAGACACUCUGCAGUAUGCGUUAAACUUCACCGCUCCCGGCGUUGAAAUCCAUUGUUUAUACGGAACAAAAAUUGAUACCGUUGAAAGCCUUAAUUACCAAAAGACAUAUGAUUUGUCUGGUAAACCAACUCUGGUGUAUGGGGAUGGUGAUGGAACAGUAAACCGGCGUUCGUUGGAGGCGUGCAAACACUGGAAUGGUCAGCAAAAACAACAGAUCUAUAUGCGAGAAUUUCCCGGUUCGGAUCAUAUGGCUAUCCUGGCAGAUCUGAGGGUGUUAGACAGCAUUGUUAAAGUACUCAUGUACGAUUAGACUAAUUGCCACUGUUACAGGAACGGCAGAUUUAAAUGUACAUUUACCUUCUAUUUCACUGGUUCCAUGUUGAGAGUAUGAGACUUGUAGUGUUCUUUUCACAAUAUUAUUGGAUGCUUCUUCAGUAGUGUUUAGUUUUUCAGAUGAUCUUUAAUAAAUAAUCUAUUGUUGGUCUAGCUUACUGUAGUGAUUGUGGGAAAAACACAGACACUAGCUGUAAGUCAGAUCUCGAAUGUGCUAUAAAGUCAAUUUCGUGACGGUCUGUAUCAUGAUAUUAUUUUACUUUUGUACCAAAAUAAAUUUAUAUCUAGCAAA